AUGUCAACACAACACCACGAAGAAUCCUGCACAAUGCCAAUGUCAACUGCCAAAUGUCAACACGUGCCAACAACACCCUUCUCACCACCAUUUCUUACCAACAACAACACCUCCAAUGCAAACUUGAUCCCAACCAACUUGGAUACUCCCUUCUCCUCUCUCUACACUACAAACAGCUACUCUUCCAGUCUUCAAAAGCAACAACCUUUCAAUCCUUCAAAUACAACUCUUUAUCCACAACAACAACCUCCAAUUCUUUCCUCAUUUCCAUCCUCCUCAAAUUAUUUUCAAUCAUCAAUCUCUUCAGGAGAUUUGAGAAAUCGAAAUGCUGAUCAAAGUGGUGUGAGUAACACUUUACACAACUCCUCUCAUUCAACUCCUGUUUCGACAUCAAAUGUCAUGUCCAAUCCAACAACGAGUCUCGCAGUCCAUUCUAAUUCAUAUUCUCAUCAACAGACGACCAUCGAUCCUGUGGCCGCUCCACUUCAAUCCUCCUCCCAUCCUCCUCCACCUCAACCACCUGUUGGAUUAUUUACAACAGUUAGCAACAACACAAGCAAUAACAAAUUGAUAUUUAAUGCAACAUCGAAUCAAAAUCGCUUGCAAGCAUCUUCCUCUGCUGUGGGUGGAAAUUGGAGUCCAUCUGUCACUCAUCUCCCAAAUAUGUCGACUCCAAUCAAGACAGUUGCGAGUGGCCUCCCAAAGAACAUUCCAAUACUCCAAACAAAUAUCAAACGAUCAAGUUUGAUUCAAAAACCAAACUAUGGAGACGUCUCCACGACAACUGACAGUCAAUCCUCUCCUCCACCUCCAUCACAACAAUUAUCCACUCAAUCCUCGACUCGAAACUUACCAAAAGAUGCAGUUGCAAUUCUUAAAAAUUGGUUUUUCGAACAUCAAACACAUCCCUACCCAACAGAAGAAGAAAAAGCCAUGCUCUGUGAAAAAACAGGUCUCUCUCAAAAACGUAUCAAUUAUUGGUUCAUUAAUGCAAGACGUAGAUUAUUACCAAAUUUGAAGAAGGAGGAAAAGAAAGCCAAGUCUGUCACAUCAGUUCCUGGAAAAAGAAAGAGGAGAAUGGAUGAAAGAAGAUCACAUCCUUCUGAAUCAUUGUCACGUUUCAUUUCUACGACUCAUUCGGAUGGAGCAGAUGAAAUGGAUGUUCAUAUUGAUCAUGAUGAUUUGGGUGAGGAGAAUCGUUGGGUUGUGGAAUGUCUGUUGGAGUUGUCCAAGAAUGAGAAUUGA